CUCAGUUGCUGCUCAGUAGCCACUUAAAAGAUUUGUUUUGGGUUUUUUUUGUCUCCACUUGGUAAAUCAACAGGAAAGAAACAGCACCUUUAUAUGCUCUGAAGUGAGUUGGGGGGUGGGGUAAAAAGGCUCUUCUAUCCAGCAUUUCCAAAAGCAGGUUCAUCAAAUCACCACAUAGAUAUUAUGGAAGUUCUAAGGAUAUAUCCCUCACUAACUGGUCUCCCAUUACAGAACAUUUUGAGUUUGAAUUGCCUAAAGGACAUCUGGGUAGAGAAAUCUUAUAAACAAUUGACGAUGCAGGUCUGGAGCUCAGAAAACAAAGGGACUGGUGAUUUAAUUUUAGGAUCAUCUGCACAGGGAAUCUGCACAAGAAUGAAAUUUCCAAGGGAGAGUGUAGAGAGCAGAGGCGUUGAAAGAGUCUCUCCCUUCCUCCCUUCUUUUCUUGUCUUUCUCUCUCCUUCCUCUGUCCACAUAGGGUAUCAUACCCCUACUACUGCAUCUUUUCCCUCUUUUUUCACCUCUGAAGCCUCCCAAGGUAUCUUGGAGUUGUUUGGACAGAUUUCUUUCUUAAGCAUAUAGGCCUUAAACCAAAACCAAGUUGAUUUUCAUUGGCUACCAAGCGGUCUUAGGCCAAGCCCCAUUUUGUCAUUGUUUGGGUCCUGAUUGACACAAACUGAAUGUAAAUUGAAAUCCUUUCUACUUUGUCCAGGAACCCUGAAGGUCUUCCCCUCCCAUAUUUAUUUAUUUAUUUAGAUUGAGGAUUUUGUUUGUUUGUUUUGAGUAGGUCCUUGCCUCCAAUGAUAUCAAGAUUUAAUCACUAAAUGGGUGCGGCCUCAGUUAAAAUGAGAUCUGUGAAAGAUCUUAGCUUAAAAAGGCCAAGGUCUCCUGUUGCAUCCAGUGCCAUCUGCUGAUCUACAUCCUGCCACUGGACCCAGAAAGUGAGAAGUUGGUGACUUAAUGAAUGGAACCCUUGAACUGUUGGAAGUGCCCAUGUCGGACCUGUCCCCCCUAGGAGGAGAGCCUCCCGAGGCUGAUGAGGAGAGUCCCAGUGAUGAUCAGGGGCUCGUUAUCCACCACCCAGCAGAGGAACAGGCCUACCGAUGUCUCUUGUGUGGGCAGACCUUCCCUCAGCAGUCUAGCCUAGUUCGGCACCAUAAGGCUCACACUGGAAUGAAUGGAGCAGGGAGGGCUUUGUAUGUUUGCCCUGAGUGUGGCAAGGCCUUCAGCAUCCAGCACAACCUCUCUGUCCACCAACGCAUCCACACAGGUGAGCGUCCUUUCUCGUGUCCUGAGUGUGGACGGCGAUUCAGCCUCAAACAGAAUCUGCUCACCCAUCGGCGCAUCCAUAGUGGCAAGAAACCUUACCAGUGUGCUCAGUGCAGGCGCUGUUUCCGAGAGGCCCGCUUCCUCCUUAACCAUCAGCGUACCCAUGCCAGAAUGUCCCCUACCCCACCCCAAUGCUCUGAGGUCUCUGAGCAGCAGUGAUGUUACUUCAACCCUUGCUGGAGCUGGAGCUUUGCCCAAGAAGGCUCUCUCCAGACUUAUGCAUUCAACGAUGGCUGUGGAACUGAGGGGCACCUAAACUAAGCUCAGUGUUCCUCCACCUAGAAUAUCCUCUGUAAUAAGACCAUACAAAGACGGUUUACUGGAUUCACAUCUGCUGUGUUCUGCUUUCCAACCCCUAACUAUAGGAAAAGAUGAGAGAGUAGGUCCAUGAUGGUGGUGAGAAGUCCAAGAGAGUGGAAGGACUGGAUCUUGUAGGUGUAUAUGGGCUAUCUAGUGGCUGCUAUUCCCUGGAAUUCCUUGGUGUCCCAAGCCUUUGAAGAUUCCCAUCUUACUGAGCAUAGCUGCUUUGGUCAGAACUAUUACUCCUGCUAUUAUCAUCUCAUUUGUAGCAAAUGUGGGAACAAAGAGGUCUGAGACUUGAGACUCUGGGGUAUAGAGCUUCAAUCUGUGGUGUCAUGUGGGAGGAGGGCUGAGAGAUGGAAGUUCAAAUCGGUAUAAUUCACUUCACUUUUAUAGAAUAUAUUUUUCAGUGUGCUUAAAGAUUGUACAAAUAAAGGAUUACUGUACUUUGCCCCUCCA